AUGACCGCUUUUAUGGCCCAAAUGCUCGACGAGUUGAUGGGCACCGGCCGUAAUUCAGUCGAUGGCGCGUCGAAAGUGUCUUUUGAAAACCCAGAGGUCUGCAAAUUCGCGUUGGCCGGUUUCUGUCCCCGGGAAGCGUUCCGCAACACAAAGAUGGACUUUGGGCAAUGCGCUCAGCGCCACGACGAAUGUUUCAAAGAAGAAUAUAAACGCAGCUCGCGCUUUGGCAAACUUGGCUACGAGGAGCUGUUUAUGAGACGUAUUCGCGAAAUCAAUCGAGAGAUUCAACGAAAAAUCGACAAGAACACCGAUCGUCUUAACUCUGGCUGCUUGCCGGGCGUGGAAGGAGUAACGACGAAGUAUGACGAACAAUUGGCCAAUCUGACUCGCCAGAUCGAUGAAAAUAUGAAUAAAGGACAACUGAUGUGUGAAGCCGGCCAAGUCACCGAGGGACAAGAAUUACUCAAGGAGGCCGAGGAACUUCAGGCCGUUCGCGAAGAACUCGAGCAGAAGCGCAUCGUCAGCAUUCGCCACGUGGCUGGAAUCGCCAUGGAUCUGUCGAGGCCAAUGCACGUUUGCGCGGAAUGCGGGUGCUUCAUGUUGACCACCGAUGCGCAAUGCCGAAUCGACGAUCAUCUGGCGGGAAAACUCCACACAACCUGCGCGCGAAUUCGUCAGAUCUUGAAGGAGGAGCGCGAGAAGCAGGAAAAUGUUGAUUCGGAUAAGGAUGGCGACGAGGUAAUCUUUUGCGCGGUUGUUUUUGCACAUCUGGCCGCCGUGGCAAUCGAGACUCCGGCCGUCGACAUGACCGCAGGCGCCAGCACUCGAAAAGUCGCAGCCCGAGGCGCAGCUGCAGCCGUUCCCCACGCCGUCGCGGCGAUGAGCGUGACCGACGCGACCGCUAUGCUCGUGAUGCCCGCGGCUCUCGGCGCUACUAACCGUUCUCGCCUGUUGCACAAAUUGCUUCGU